UUGCCGGAAGUUGAGUGGCGUUUCUAAUUGCCUUGGGUCAGCGACACAGCGUCCUGGUGCUCCAACUACUCCUGUCUUCAUCGUGCUGGGUCUCAAAUUCCUGAGGCAGUGUGACUUCACAAAAAAACAAGAUUUACGUCGGCUCAUGGAGAGCAGCAGGCAGCCAAGAAUGGCGGCAGCUAUGGGUGACACCGGCCUCUCCAAACUGCAGUUUGCCCCCUUCAGCAGCGCCCUGGACGUGGGCUUCUGGCAUGAGCUGACACAGAAGAAGCUGAAUGAGUAUCGGCUGGAUGAGGCGCCCAAGGACAUUAAGGGUUAUUAUUACAAUGGUGAUUCUGCCGGGCUGCCAGCUCGCUUAACGUUGGAGUUCAGUGCUUUUGACAUGAGCGCCCCCACUCCUGCCCGUUGCUGCCCAGCCCUGGGAUCCCUUUACAACACCAACACCCUGGAGUCGUUCAAGGCUGCAGACAAGAAGCUCCUCCUGGAACAAGCAGCAAACGAGAUAUGGGAGUCCAUUAAAUCAGGGGCUGCUCUUGAAGACCCCGUGCUCCUCAACAAGUUCCUCCUCUUGACAUUUGCAGAUCUAAAGAAGUACCACUUCUACUACUGGUUUUGCUAUCCUGCCCUCUGUCUUCCAGAGAGUAUACCUCUCAUUCAGGGGCCAGUGAGUUUGGAUCAGAGGUUUUCACCAAAACAGAUAGAGGCCCUGAAGCAUGCGUAUGAUGAUCUUUGUCAAAGAGAAGGAGUCACGGCCCUGCCUUACUUCUUAAUCAAGUAUGAUGAGAACACGGUGCAGGUCUCCUUGCUUAAACACUACAGUGAUUUCUUCCAAGGUCAAAGGACAAAGAUGACAGUUGGUGUCUAUGAUCCCUGUAACUUAGCACAGUACCCUGGAUGGCCUUUGAGGAAUCUUUUGGUCCUAGCAGCCCACAGAUGGAGUAGCAGUUUCCGGUCUGUUGAAGUCCUCUGCUUCCGGGACCGCACCAUGCAGGGGCUGAGAGACGUCGCCCACAGCAUCAUCUUCGAAGUGAAGCUUCCAGAAAUGGCAUUUAGCCCAGAGGAAGCUCCUCUGGGCUUCUCCUGUCGUGUCCAGGUCACCAGCAUCAACACUGUUGCCGUGAUCAGACAAAAUAAGGGUUCCUUGAACACCAGCGCUGCAGCGCCGUCACAGCCGCACGAUUGUCCCAAAGCAGUCGGAUGGGAAAAGAACCAGAAAGGAGGCAUGGGCCCAAGGAUGGUCAACGUCAGCGGGUGCAUGGACCCUAAAAGGCUGGCUGAGUCGUCGGUGGAUCUCAACCUCAGGCUGAUGUGUUGGAGACUGGCCCCCACUCUGGACUUGGACAAGGUGGUGUCGGCCAAGUGUCUGCUGCUGGGAGCCGGAACCCUGGGCUGCAACGUGGCCAGGACCCUGAUGGGUUGGGGCGUCAGGCACAUCACGCUUGUGGACAACGCCAAGAUCUCCUACUCCAACCCCGUGAGACAGCCCCUCUAUGAGUUUGAAGACUGCCUCGGGAGUGGGAAGCCCAAGGCCCUCGCUGCAGCGGAUCGGCUCCAGAAGAUAUUCCCCGGAGUGAAUGCCAGAGGGUACAACAUGAGUAUCCCCAUGCCUGGACAUCCAGUGAACUUCUCCAGCGUCACCCUGGAGCAGGCCCGCAGCGACGUGGAGCAGCUGGAGCAGCUCAUCGGGAACCACGAUGUCGUCUUCCUGCUCAUGGACACCAGGGAGAGCCGGUGGCUGCCUACCGUCAUCGCUGCAAGCAAGAGGAAGCUGGUCAUCAACGCUGCCCUGGGGUUUGACACCUUUGUGGUCAUGAGGCAUGGCCUGAAGAGACCGAAGCAGCAGGGGGCUGGGGACUUGUGUCCCAGUCACCCGGGGGGGCCUGCAGACCUGCUGGGCUCAUCCCUGUUUGCCAACAUCCCUGGGUAUAAGCUCGGCUGCUACUUCUGCAACGACGUGGUGGCCCCGGGAGACUCUACCCGCGACCGGACCUUGGACCAGCAGUGCACCGUGAGUCGCCCGGGCCUGGCCAUGCUUGCCGGAGCACUGGCCGUGGAGUUGAUGGUUUCUGUCCUACAGCAUCCGGAAGGGGGCUACGCCAUUGCCAGCAGCAGUGAUGACCGCAUGAAUGAGCCUCCGACCUCCCUUGGGCUUGUGCCUCACCAGAUUCGGGGAUUUCUGUCCCGGUUUGAUAACGUCCUUCCCGUCAGCCUGGCGUUCGACAAAUGCACCGCCUGUUCUUCCAGAGUUCUGGAUCAGUACGAGCAGGAAGGAUUCGGUUUCCUAGCGAAGGUGUUUAAUUCGUCACAUUCCUUCCUGGAAGACCUGACCGGUCUGACCCUGCUGCACCAGGAGACCCAGGCGGCCGAGAUCUGGGACAUGAGCGACGAGGAGACCGUCUGAGUGCGACACAGCCACCGAGGAGCGCUCUGUCGCCGGCCCAAGCUGCUGCCCCGCCCCAGGACUGCGCUGCUCUCCACCCAGCGGUGCUGUGCGUUUUGUGGCUCCUCAAUCCGCCAGCUCUGAACUCAGUAAUAACCUUGGCUGUGGGAUCGCCGCUGACCCGGGGCUGGCUUCCACCAUGCACUGUUCUUUGCUUCUUGUCACAGGUGUGUGUGAAGCUUCCAGGGGCAGGGGACCAGUGCAGAAGCUCCCAGUGGGAGCUACUGUGCGGGGCAUCACCCUCAGCCCCCACACUGCUAGGUUCCCCGCCCAUGCUGGGUCUGCCCUUCUCUGAGUCACCUCUCAGUGCUGGGGGCCCUGGUGGAGAGGGCGCCCAGUGACGCCAGACCUCCCAGCUGUCCUUAGUGGUGGGUGUGCAUCCGUGCCCCCACCCAGGGCCCGGGGUGAAGCUGCAGCCCUGUAGGCUGCUUCCCCUGCCCUCGGCACUCAGGUGCUGAGAGCCAGAGGGCGCGUGGUGGCUCCUAGAGCCGGGUGUGGAAACCCAGGAAAGGGCCUGUCCUUGGCACCCGUGAUGACCCAAGCCCAAUCCAGCCCGGGCUGCCUCUGGCACCAGGGCGCCGCCCCUCGCUC